UAUAACUCUAAAACUGAAGAAUGAUUCGUUGUGUUGUGCUGGUUGUAGUUCUAUUGUUCUAUGUGGUUGGAAAUAAUGUAAGUGAAUGCAAUUCAACUAUAAGCAGUGGGCAAACUAAUGGUUGUAUGCAAGCGACAUAUGAUGGAAAUGCUAACGGAGCUUGUUGUUAUUUUCCAUUUAUUUAUGGUGGGCAAGUUUAUAAUAACUGUACAAUAGUUGACUGGGACUCAUAUUGGUGUUCAACAACUCCUAGUUUUGAUAAUGAUGGAAUGUGGGGUGUCUGUUUAGGAUCAGAGUGGAGUUGGUCAGAAUGGGGAACAUGGUCUAAUUGCUCUGUGUCUUGUGGUAAUGGUACUAUGAGCAGAACUAGAGUAUGCCUUAAUAUCAAUUUUUGUGUUGGAAAUACAAUUGAUAUACUGAGUUGCUAUGGCAACUGCACAGCAGGGUUACAAUCUAGCUGGUUAGAUUGGGGCAGUUGGUCUAAUUGCUCUUCAUCUUGUGGCUUUGGAACUAUGAAUAGAACAAGGGUAUGUUCUGGUAGAACCAAGUCAUGCAUUGGAAACAACAUUGAAUCAAUUAAUUGUUACAACAAUCGAUCCUGUACAGGUUCUUGUGUGCAAACAACAUAUGGUGGAAAUUCAAAUGGAGCUUGUUGCUAUUUUCCAUUUGUGUUUUCCGGAAGAUUAUUCUACAACUGUACAAUGUAUGGCUGGACUGCAUAUUGGUGUGGAACAACUUCUAACUAUGAUAAAGAUAGGAUGUGGGGUUUAUGUGUUGGUUGGGCUGAUUGGAGUGCUUGGUCUAGUUGUGGUGUAUCUUGUGGUAAUGGAACUAUGAGUAGAACAAGAGUAUGUCUUGGUGCAGUCAAUUUAUGUGUUGGAAACAGCAGUGAAAUAGCAAGUUGUUACCUAAAUAAAACUUGUCCGGGUCUACAGUCAAGUUGGGGAUUUUGGAGUGCAUGGUCUAAUUGUAGUGUAGAUUGUGGUAAUGGAACUAUGAAUAGAACAAGAGUAUGUCUUGGUACAGUCGAUUCAUGUUUUGGAAAUAGCAGUGAAAUAGCAAGCUGUUACCUAAAUAUAACAUGUCCAGGUCUUCAGUCAAGUUGGGGAUUUUGGAGUGCAUGGUCUAAUUGUAGUGUAUCUUGUGGCAAUGGAACUAUGAAUAGAACAAGAGUAUGUCUUGGUGCAGUCAAUUCAUGUGUUGGAAACAGCAGUGAAAUAGCAAGUUGUUACCUAAAUAUAACAUGUCCAGGUCUUCAGUCAAGUUGGGGAUUUUGGAGUGCAUGGUCUAAUUGUGGUGUAUCUUGUGGCAAUGGAACUAUGAACAGAACAAGAGUAUGUCUUGGUGCAGUCAAUUCAUGUGUUGGAAACAGCAGUGAAAUAGCAAGUUGUUACCUAAAUACAACAUGUCCAGGGCUUCAGUCAAGUUGGGGAAGUUGGAGUGCCUGGUCUAAUUGUGGUGUAUCUUGUGGUAAUGGAACUAUGAAUAGAACAAGAGUAUGUCUUGGUGCAGUCAAUUCAUGUGUUGGAAACAGCAGUGAAAUAGCAAGUUGUUACCUAAAUAUAACAUGUCCAGGAUUUGAAUCUGGUUGGGGAAAUUGGAAUGCAUGGUCUAUUUGUGAUGUAUCUUGUGGUAAUGGAUCUAUGAGUAGAACAAGAAUAUGUAAUGGUUUGAUCAGUUCAUGUGUUGGAAGCAGUAUUGAAAUUGCUCAUUGUUACCACAAUGUAACUUGUCCAGUUCAAUGCAACAUAUUUUCUCAAAUCAAAAGUUAUUUUAUUGUUCCUGAAAAAGUAUAUAAAAAUACAAUGUUUGAUAUUGUUUUCAUUCUUCAGAAUCUUGAUGUUUACUGCUUUAAUUCUUCAGUUUUCAAAAUUGAUGCAUCAACUUUGUCUUGGGAGCUUGAAUUAAAUUUUGGCGAUGAAACAUCGAAUUUGGGGGAUAAAAAAAAUUACAUAAACAGUUCACUUUACACGUUUAAUCAUAGUUAUGUUGAAUGUGGGAAGUAUACUAUACAGUUCAUAAUCAAGCCUUGCAAUUCAAUCUUUUUGUUUACAAAUCCUGAAAUAAUUGACUAUGCUAUUGUUACAGUAUUUUGUGUUAUGUCAUCAAUCAAAAUAACAACAAAUCCAAUUUCAGAAACAUAUCCUUAUUUAGCUCUACCUUUAAAAAAAGAAUUAACAUUGUCAGUAUGUCAAGAGUUUGGUUCUUAUAUCAUAUACACUGUCGAUUGGGGUGAUGAUUUUUUCCAGUUAAGUGACCAGUCACAAAGACAAAGUCCUUUGAUUUUUACUUUAUCACACACAUAUAAAAAUGUUGGAAACUAUACCGUUAUUAUAAAUGCAAAGAAUGCAUUGCAAGUAACAAGUAAUAAAAUUUAUAUUCAAAUUCUAAAUUGUACUUUUCCACAAAUUACUUUCAAAUAUGGAACCAUAGAAAAUCCUUUGCAAGUCUUGAGUGUUAAUAAAGAUUUUGUUGCAUAUGUAGAUGAAGACAGUAAUAUUUGUUUACCAUCAAGUAUCAGUAUUUAUUGGAUAUUAACAGGAAAUAAUACAACAAAUAAAUCUGAUGGACUUUUAGCAAACAAGAAAAUUGUGUAUUCUUUAAGAAACAAUUUGGAUAUUGGACCAUAUAAUUUAUCAUUAGUGUUUACAUACAAUAUGAUUACAGUCACAUUUGUUUCUUAUUUUAUGAUUAUUGAUUUGCCUUUUUAUAUUGAAAUAAGUAAUGGUGCAUUCUGUACGAUUGCUUACAACCAGAGGCAAGGUGUCAAUAUUUCUUACCAAAAUUUUACUAUCAGUGCUCUUGUGAGUUCAGGAGGUAGUCAGCCAAAAAUAGUAUAUCAAGGAUUUCUAUAUAAAUGGAAAUGCCGAAUUGUAAGCAACAUGUCGUUUGCUUUAAACAGCUUGGAAGCUAGUAAAAUGACUAAUUUAGCAUUUGAAUCCAAUACUUGUUUUAAUGAAUCAUGGAUGGACUUAUCUUUUGAUGGACCAGAGCUUAAAUUUAGUACGUAUAUGUUUUUAGAAGGAGUAGCAUACCAAUUUCAAGUUGUUGCAACAAAUCUUGUUGGAAAAUACGUACAGAGCAGCUUUUUUAUUCAAGAAAUUACUUUUAGCCCUGGUGAAUUACCAAAUGGAAAGAUUAAUUGUAUAACAAAUUGUGCAGAAAAGUUAAACAUAAGAGAUCAUGUUAUUUAUUAUUUUUCUUGUUUGAACUGCGAUGAAUCCCAAUUGUCUUAUAUUUGGGAAGUCUUGAAUGAUGAUGGUGAAUGGCCUGAAGAGUUAUUACAAGAAAAUUCAACAACAACAGGCUUUAAAAACUCUUAUCUUGUAAUAAAUGUUGAAACAUUGUUGACUUCAAAAAACUACACUUUUAUACUAAAAGUUGGAUAUAUUGAGUCUCCUUAUAAAGCUUUGUUUAAAAUCAAAAAACAAACAUCAUCAAUACCUCUUCCAGGAACUUGUUUUGUAAGCCCUCAACAAGGAUAUGCUAUAAUUACAAAAUUUAAAAUCAUUUGUCAAGAUUGGACAGAUAAAGAGAAUAGUAUAUUAAAAUAUCAGUUCUUUUAUGACAAUGGUGUUGCAGAGAAAUACACUAUGACAACAAAUGGUGAUAUAGGUUACCCAUUGUUAAAUGCCAAAUCUCUUGAUGAUCCGAUGCUGAUAGAUUUUGCAUUGGGUCCUGGUAACAUGAGUAAAAAUUACUCAAUUGCAAUACUUAUCAGAGUUGUUGGAGUUUAUAACGCCUUCACGAAAUAUCCUGACAUUUAUAUUCAGGUUUUCCCAUAUGAAAAAAAUGUUUCCAAAGUACUUGCUGAUAUUAGCAUUAUUGACACAUUCACAUUUUCCAGUAUUCUUCAUGCUAUAUCUUACACUUUAAAUGAUCAUUCAGAUAUUUUGAAAAUGUUGAACUCAGAAGCUGUUGACAAUUUAACUGGUUUUACCAAUGUAAAUGAUGAAAUGGUGCAACAGAAAGAAUAUAUGGUGGUUCAACUGCAAAAUGUUCGCACCAAUAUUGUUGACUUGCUUCAUUCAGCACCGCUGAAAGAUUUAGUUGAUAUAAAAGAUGUUGGUGAUGUUUUAGCAACUGUUUUACAUGUCCCAGAGGAAUUGACGCUUGAGACAAAGACUAAUGCAGUGGAUAUCAUUACAAAAAUGUCUUCUCUACUGACAGAAGAAAAUAUAAAAAGUAUUGGCCCUCAUAUUUAUGAUCAGAUUAUGCAACCUUUUAUUUUUUCAAUCUCACACUUGUUUAGUGCAAUAGCUAACUUGAAUGAUACUGUAAAAUCAGUUGAAAUUGAAGCUUCAACCACACAAGCUGGUCCCUUAUCUGAACAGGUUAAAAAUAAUUCUGAAUCAGUCCUAAAACUCAUUCAAUCUAUGGAUGAUUAUUUUAAUGGUUUGCAAUACUACAUUGCUAAUGAUGAAAAUCCUACAAUUGGUGAUACACCUUCAUUUAGGUUUUUUGUUAAAAAAUUUUAUGGAGAUGGGUUGAAAAAUAUUUCAUCAGACGAAUAUGAGGAUGAGCUAUUAGAAGAAAAUGAUGAUGAACAAAGUGGUUUUUCUAUUGAGAACCUUACUAGUCUUUUGAAUGAUUCAAUAAAAUAUUCAAGUCUUAUUAUAAAGAACCUUAAUUUGAAGAAUCAAUCAUUUACAUGGGAUUUAGAACGUUCUAGAAAUAUUAUUUCUGAAAAUCAAAUUUUAUACUUGAGCACAACAAGUGGAGAAAAAAUUGAAUUGAAAAACUUGACAUCUAUGAUUGAUAUUUCAAUAAAAAAUAUUCCAGAGAAAAUGAUUGGUCAAAACAUAUCGCUACCAAUGCCAAACAAUGUUAAAAUGAACUUCAUUAAUAUAUCAUCUGCUGAAUGCAAACUAAUGAUGAAGUUUGUAGCAUUAAAUGAUCCACAAAACAAGACUAACCUAAUUGUUUAUAUUCAAUAUGGAAAAGCUCCAACAAAUGAUGAUUAUGAUAUCAAAUUAAACAUUUCAACUAGAGAUGGUACUGAUCUUAUUAUUGGGAAUAAUACACCACAUUCCAAUUUGUCUAUAAAUAUUCAACGAAGUCAAAAAUAUAGACUGUUAAAAGAUGGGUCAAUUAUAUUAUGGGAUUUUCAUAAUUCCACAUAUUCUUUUUUAAACAAAAAAUAUCUUUAUUUAUCUUACUUUUAUGUUGGACCAAUGCCUGAAAAGAUAUUGGAAUCAAAUCUGUAUACAUUUGAUGAAAAGGAAUUUUAUGGAGCAUUUCUUUAUGAGAUAAAAUCUUUUUGUGUUGAAUGCAAUUAUUGGAAUGAAAGUAAUAACAAGUGGAUGUCAGAUGGAUGUGAGCUAGACUUAUUCACAGUUACAUUCUUGGUCACUAAAUGCAAAUGUAACCAUUUGACUGCAUUUGGAGGAUUUUAUGUUGCACCAAAUAUAGUACCUACUCCUACUUUAGCAUUACUGAAAGCAGGCUACACUCUGCUUGCUGUAGUAGUUUCUGUUAUUUUUCUGUGGGUUGUAAGUUUGGUGUUUGCAAGAAGAUUUGACAAAAGUGACAUAAAAAAGGUUGGAGUUUGUCCACUGAUUGAUAACCAUGAUGAAGAAUGUUAUCUUUAUCAAAUAACAGUGACUACAGGUAGUCGAAGAAAUGCUGGUACGAAAUCAAAUAUUUUCUUCAAAAUUGUGGGAGAUUUAGGUGACUCUGGAAAUCGGCGUUUAAAAGAUUCUCAUAGGGUUUGUUUCCAAAGAUCUAAUGUAGAUAUUUUUAUAAUGACAACAACAGUCUGUCUUGGUGAUCUAAGCUAUAUGCAACUUUGGCAUGACAACACUGGAGGUGGAUGGUACUUAAGAGAUAUUGAGGUUGUAGAUCUUCAAACAGAAGAACAUUUUUAUUUUAUGGCAAAUUGUUGGAUAGCUGUUGAUCAAGACAACAGCUCACUAGAUCUUGUUUUGCCAGUCUCUGGAAAAGAGAAUAUUACAAGUUUCAACUACCUUUUUUUUUCAAAUGCUCGGAACGGUUUCACUGAUGAGCAUUUAUGGCUUUCUAUUGUGACACGUUUACCCAUUAGUAAUUUUACAAGAUGCCAAAGGAUUUCUGUUUCUGUCUGUUUGUUAAUGACAUCGAUGACAGCAAGUGCAAUGUUUUUUGAGAAAGUACCACCAAGCAGUCCAGCAACAGAAAAUAAAAUAGGAGUAUUCACAUUUACAACAAAGCAGUUGUAUGUUGGAAUUGUUUCUGCUUUUAUUACUCUACCUGUCAAUAUUUUGCUGACUCAUUUAUUUCGUAUGGUUCAACCUAUUUAUCAAGAGACAGUUGUUUGCGAACCAUUAGUUGAGCAUAAUCAAUCUAGAUUCAAAAAUUUAAAAUUUGAAAACAUGGAAGAUGGAUUUUCGAAAAAAUUAAUGUCACAAACUAAAAAACCGUUUUAUUUUCCACAUUGGUUUUUAUACAUCUCUUGGAUUAUUUGCAUUACAACAAUUUUAGGAUUAGGAUAUGUUAUACUACUUUAUGGAAUGGCAUUUGGUAAUAAAAAAUCAUUGGAUUGGUUGGCCAGCAUUUCUUUAGGAUUGAUCCAUGACAUUAUACUACUUCAACCUAUGAAAAUAUUUCUUUUUUCUAUUCUUGCUGCACUUGCUUCCAAAUCUAUAGUUACUAAAGAAAAGUUUGUGCUCUAUAUGCAAGGAAAAAAGCUUGCUUGUGAUGAAAAUUGGCUUCAUAGUAGUAAGAAUGAAGAAGCAAUAACUGAAAGAAUUGAUGAAAUCAGGGUGCCUCCUCCAAUCCCUUUAAUUGAAAGUAUGAAGGCAGCUCAUUUAACAGAAUUAAAGAUGCAAUCAAUUACUUGGGAGCUGUUAAUGUACUUUUUGUUUUCUAUAGUGGUUUUUUAUCUUGGUUAUGUAUCACGUGGAAGUUAUCCAUAUCAUCAAACUUGUGAUGUAGAAGAACUUUUUAAUUUAAAAAUAAGACCUACAAUGACAGCAGAUAAGUUUAAAGUCUUUGAAACGCUUCAAUCUUCAGAUGACUUUUGGCCUUGGAUGGAUUCUUUUUUUCUUCCUCUACUUCAUUCUGAACCUUGGUUUAAUCUUAGUGACAGAUACAAAGAUUAUGACAACAUGAACUUUCCUGGAAAAGUAUUUUUGCCAGAUCUUAUGUCAAAGGUUGUUAAUGGAAUAAGAAUCAGACAGGUUCGAGUUAAAAAAGACUCCUGUAUAAUGUCAACUGAGAUAUCCGCAUUAUUCAAAAUUCCUUGUCUAUCAGAUUAUAAAAUGAAUGUUGAAGAAGUUCAAGAUUUUGACUUUGAUUGGCAAAAACCAAAAAAGUAUUCUUCUCCAAUCAAUCCUUUAACAAUGCCAUGGAGGUACCAAACUUCUGAAGAGUUAGAUGGAUAUCCACUUUCUGCUACUUUGGAAAUUUACAGCGGUGGAGGAUAUGUAGUGGAAAUUUUUCCAAAAUGGAAAAACAAAGAUGUUAUUAAUGAACUAAAACAAAAAAAAUGGAUUGAUCGCCAAACACGAGCUUUGAUCAUUGAGUUUGCUUUAUUUAAUGCAGCCACAAAUUAUUUUACUAUGGUUACUAUUGUGUUUGAGAUUCCUUCUUUUGGUGGAAUGGUGCCUUACUUUGAUGUAACUACAUUUAAUCUCUACACAUCUACAACAGAAAAUUCGUUUGUAACUAUUGGCUUACAAAUUAUAUUUCUACUUUUGAUGUUUGUUUUUACCACACGUGAAUUUAAGUUAUUAUACAAAAAAAGGUGGAGUUAUUUUCAUGAAUUUUGGAAUGUUAUUGAAGCUGUACUUGUGGUACUCUCCAUACUUGCUGUUAUUUUCUUUUUUUAUAAAGUGCAACUUGUUAAAAACCUUCUUCGUCGUUUACCAAAAAAACAACCACAAAAGUUUAUCAACUUUCAAUUUGCUUCAUACUGGGAUAUAAUGUACACUUACAUUGUCUCACUUCUUGUUUUUUUUGUGACAUUAAAAUUUAUAAAACUUCUUCGAUUUAAUCGACGAGUUUCAUUGCUCUCCUCUACAUUGAAUGUUGCGUUUUAUCCACUUUCAAUGCUUGGGAUUACUUUUGUUGUAGCUCUUAUUGCCAUAAUAUCAUUUUGUACCAUUGUAUUUGGGGUCUUACUGGAAGGUUAUCAAACAUAUCUGGGAACAAUUUCUUCAGUAAUAUCAUUGUUUCUGGGAAAGUUCAGCUUUUAUACUUUUGUAAAUGCUAGCCCUGUGCUUGGUCCCCUGUUUUUUUUAGGGUUUAAUAUUUUCAUGAUUUGGAUACUUAUGAGCAUGUUUAUAUCUAUACUAAAUGAUUCUUUGGUAUGUGUGCAUUCAAAUAAAGAUUUUCAAAACAAUGAUUAUGAGAUGCUAGACUAUUUUCUAACUCGUUUUAAAGCAUGGUUUGGAUUGAAUACAAAAAAUUACUCAACAAACUUGCUGCCGUUAGGGUUGGAUGUUGCACAACAAAGAUCUGACAACUUUGAUUAUCCUAAUGUACCAUCGAGGCAAGACUCGUUGCAUUUGUCAGAAAUUUACAGCAUGACCUGGUUCGCCUAUGAAGUUCCUUAUGAAAUUGUUAUAGAACAAGAAGACGACAAAAACAUGAACAAAAUGGAAGAAAAAUUUAUUGAUUGCUUACAUAUUUUGUAUAAACGUAAAUUCUUACAAGCUAAAAAAUGAUUGAAUGAAGUUCGUAGAAGCUAAUAAAUGAUUGGAUGAAAUAAUUUUAAUAUAAAAUAAAAUGCGGUGUGGCAAUUGCUUAGCACGUUGUGUUACGUAUAUGUAGAGUUCCUAACCGUCUCUCGUAAUGACUGGGAUAAUCCCGGAGAGGAGACGCAUUUUCGGGGCAAUCUACUUUUUGCCUCAAAAAUAGGUUUAUGUGAGUAAAUGGAUUUAAUUUACUCAUAUUUUUUCGAAAAAAUUUAAAUUUAAAAAUUAAGCUUUGAGAUUCUUUAAAUGGAACAUGUUAAAGUUAUAAAUUACAUAUCUCAGGUUACUGAUAGAUUUGUAAUUAAUAGUAAUAAUAUAUAAUAGUAAAUUAUAAACAUUUUCAAUUUUUAUUUCUGUUUUGCUGAAUAUAAAUAUAUAAGAUUUUAACUUAACAUAUUUAAUAAGUAAUGGUUUUAACAUAAUUUUCAUCUUUUCUCGUUUGUCAUCCUUCCUCUUCGAGUUUCAAAGUUUUCUGAAACUAUUAAGGAUUAAUUAAAUAUUUUGUAACAUUUGUUGGUAAAUGUUAAAACAUCUCCUCCUCCGCAAAAAGCAAAUCAAAGUAAAAAAUUUUUUUUUUUUUUGUAAUAAUAUCAACAAUAAUUUUAGGCCAGUCUCUGUUACUAUUCUGCAUUUUUAAUAAAAAAAAUUUUUUUAUUUGAAAAUAUCUCUAUCAGCAACCCUACGUAUACGUAACAUGAUGCCUUUAUUGUUUUACGUAAGGUUUUUAAAACACGUUACGCUUUGCAACAUAAACUAACAUCGCGUAAAAUGUUUGUUUGUUUGUUGUUUUUUUUAACAUUUCAAGAAACACUUUAAUUUUGUGUAACUUUUUUUAGCACAUGUUUAAUGAUUGUAUUAAUGAAAAACACCGAAAGUUUUUUUAAAUUUUAAUUAUUUUAUUGGUUAC